UCCUACAAGUAUGUUUAUGUGGUAAGGGCUUAGUCUGAAUAGUGUUUUGCUUUAGUCUUACAGCCAUGCAGAAAAGUGAUUUUGAAAUAUUAAAGAGAUGAAUUUUGCUUACAGAGAAAGCCUGAAAUUUCUUUAAGACUCAAAGUUAAAAAGAAAGGUAAAAUUUAUUUUGGCCAAGUCUGAUUAUUUGCCUUUUUCAAGGGGGAAGAACUUGUAUUUAUAUUUUAAAAAUUAAUUAAAUAAUUAAUUUAAAAUAGUGGGGGUAUUGAACCUCUACCGAAACUGAAAGAAGCAAUUCCUAUACCAAAGAGGCAUGACUUUCUCCUUCAUUUAUAAACAAACAAACAAAAAAAUAAAAUAAAAAUAAUAAAAAAAUUUACUGCUAAAGCAGUUACCAGCUUUUUAAAAUAGGAAUUGGUCUUUCUAUUUUAGUUUUUUCGUUUUUAUUAUUACUGUUGUUUACUUUCCAUUAUGAAGUUUUGUUUGGUAAUGAUAGAAUUGAAGUCAGGCUGAUAAUAAAUGAAAACGUUUUCUGCUACUGUGACCAAAUGAGCGCUAUUUCUAAGUUUUGUGUCCAUAUUUUAUACCCUUAUAGUGCAACCUAGGUUAGAACAAGUCUGUUUUGUGACUUAUGCCCAGUGAUUUUAUGAUGGUUGCUGCCUCUCCCUUUCCAUCUGAGUGAAUAAAAAGAUAUUAAACAUCAAAAAUAAUAACAGAGUUAAAAUGGUAUAAAUAGUCUGUCAUGUAAAUUCUAAUACUUAUAUACUGGAACAGUUGUUCUGCUUUUAACUUCUCUAAUGUCUCUUUGAGGAAAUAGAAUGUUAAAAAUGUAUUAUGAUUGGAAGCAUGUAAAAGGGAGUGGUGAGCAAUAACCCCUCUGCAUACCAUGAUAAAGAUUAGUUUUCUGCCUGGACUUUGACAAUUUACAUGGGAAUCUUCAUCGUGAGCGAAAUCAGUGAUUAAAAUACUUAGUUAUGUAAUAAUAAUAAACUUUUAAAAGUCUAAUUAAUCACUGUUACUGAUUAAUAGCAAUUAUGCAGUACUGAGGAUUUUCUGAAGCUCAGUUAGCUUUCAGAUAAAUACUGAAAGAGUAAAAAAAAUUGCCAAAGCUAGCUUACUUUUAGUUUUCAUUAUGAAGCAUAAUGAAUUUGUUUUUGUUCACAGAUAUUACUUUUAUUGAUCUUAUAAGCAGUCUAUGGGUGUCCAGUUAAGUUCAGCAAACUAGGAAGACAUUAAGAAUGGUAAAUGCCGGGGGGUGUUGCAGAAUUGCCUCAUGUGAUACCUUCUAUUCUCAGCAUAGGCUAAAAUUAGAACUAGUCUGACAUUGCAUUGGAGUCUGAGUGAGAGUUCCAAAUGGUUUUGAUAGUACAAGCAAAAUUUGUAACUUACCUAGGCUCUUGCACAGAAAGCAAUGAGUCAUGGAAAAUCUUUGAAAACCAAAUAUUUAAGGAAAAGAUGAUUUCAAAACAUUAGCCUGAUUUGACUUGGAUCUUGACACUCAGGAGGUCUACAAGAUGGUAAGAGAGAUAUGAAGAGUAUGAGAAGUCUUUUUUAAAAAGUUUUCAUGUCACUUCCCCCAUGUGGUACAUAAUACACGCAUUGAGGCACUGAAAUUAGCAGUUGGAGUCCUGUGAUUGAACCUGAACAUGUAAGAACCAUGACUGAAACUGCCGUUUGUAUUGGAUCAUUCACUGCUGUAAAGACACUUUGGGAAGUGAGAAUACAGAAGAUAAAUGAAGAAUUAAGGAAAGAAAAGGAGUUCAGAGAGAGGUCUGCGGGAAGGUUACUGCUUGUCUGGGAGGAGAGAGCUGCUUUAGCAAAACUCAAAGAAAAAGUAAUUAAUGAAGAUGGAAGAGCAGUUUUAAGGAUAGAGGAAGAAGAAUGGAAGACAUUACCUUCCUGCUUAUUGAAAUUAGUCCAUCUCCAAGAAUGGCAGCUUCACAGAACCAGCUUGCAGAGAAUUCCGCAGUUUGUUGGAAGAUUUCACAAUCUUGUUGUUCUUGAUCUAUCUCGGAAUUCAAUAGAAAGCAUCCCUAAAGAAAUUGGCCAGCUGACUGGCCUCCAAGAGCUGCUUCUCAGUUACAAUAGAAUAAAGUCUGUUCCUAAGGAAAUAAGUAAUUGCAUCAGUCUGGAAAGAUUGGAACUGGCUGUCAACAGGAAUAUCUGUGAUCUUCCUCCGCAGCUAAGUGAUUUAAAGAAGCUUUCACACAUAGAUCUGUGUAUGAAUCAGUUUACCACCAUCCCUUCAGCUCUUCUGAACAUGCCAAAUCUAGAAUGGUUAGAUAUGGGAGGAAAUCAACUCCAGAUGCUUCCUGAUGCUAUUGACAGAAUGGAAAAUCUUCAUACUUUAUGGCUCCAAAGGAAUGAAAUUAACUCUUUGCCAGAAACCAUUGUUAAUAUGAAAAAUCUUAGUACUCUUGUUCUUAGCAACAACAAACUUAAGGAUAUUCCUUCUUGUAUGAUGCACAUGACAAAUCUGAGAUUUGUCAACUUCAGAGACAACCCAUUGGAAUUAGAGAUAACACUCCCUCCUUGUGAGAAUACAGAAGAAGAGGAACAACAGGAAAUGUUUGGCAUUGAAUUCAUGCACAUGUAUAUCCAGGAGUCACUGAAGAAAACAGGACAUGCAGAAAGCUGCACUUCUGAUGCUCCUAUCUUAACUGCUAAUGAUGAAAGAACUUAACUGUGAGUAGAAACUAUCUAUCAAAAGAUACUUCUUCCUAACAAUAUGGCUUGCAAUUAUUUGCAAUUCUUAGGGAUAUCAUUUUUCUAGUAAGGAGAAUUGUUUUGCGUAUUUUUAAUUUCCAUUCAAACUAAGAAACAUAAAAUCUUUUCUUGGGAUAAGGAAAGACUAAAACAGGUUUUCUGUAAGCACUGAAUCUGCUUUUUGUACAAUCCACAUAGACUUUAUAGUUUUUCUGCCAGUUCCAAAUCUGUAUCUUGUCACGUAGUUGUCUCUGGGACAGCUGUCAACAGGACAUUCUCCAAGGACACAGAGGAAUCUGUAUAGUACUGUAGUGCAGCCUUGUAUCCUCGAUGUUGUAAAUAUCUGAUCCGUCCGUGAUCAAUCAGAAAUUUACAGAGGGAACCAAUCUCCUUCCGCUCUUCAACAGUAAGGAGCCUAGUUCCACAAGGAGGGGAAAAAAAGACAAACAGAAUGUGUUAGGAGAGUAAUUUUGUUAAUUAACAUUAGCAGUUGAGCUUAGAAAGACUACAAAAAUCAGUCUAAUUUCACUUCAAAUCAGGCAAGCACAUAUAUUUAUGCUCUCAAAAAUUCUAUUUUUAAAUUAAAAUGUUUCUAUUAAAUAAGUAAUUAUAUUGCUUCUGUAAAAUGAGUUAUUUUGAAGACCUAAACAAAUUCCAUGUUCCAAUAUACAUAAUUCUGAUUUUUGCAAGAGUUUGCAUGCUAGAAAAAAAAAUCCUGUACCCUUGUAGAGCGUCAGAAGCAGUCUCUGUUUUACUGUAUGCUUGGUCAUGCUCUUCAGUGUUGGUUGUGUCGUCUUCACUUUCUUCAUCUGUAGAGGCUUUGGUUAUGGUUCCUCUCAUGCCACAAGUGGCCCAGCUACUCAUCCUCUGAAAAUAAUGAAAUUCUACUGGUCCAAGUCCUACUGAUCUGAAGAACUCUCUGCCUACAUAAUGUGUCCAGUCACAUUUGUGAUGGCAGCACAGCGCAAUAACAAUUCCAGCUACGGGCUUAAAGUCGUCUUUGUUCCUUUCAUUAUCAUCAUCAUUUGAACUGUAGGAAGCCCCUUCUGCCUCAUUCUUAGUACGCUUUGGUGCAGGCUCUUCAUUUUCUUCAUUACAGCAAGUUGCAUAACUUUCUACCAAACAUCUCAAAGCAAGAUCUGGGAAAAAAAAAAAAAAAAACAACAACAAAAAAAGAGAGAGAGACUGAAAAUACAAGCAAUGUACACCUUGCUUUUACUUACAUAGGCUGUAUUGCUGCUGGGUUGGUGCUUCCCUAAAAGAACAAAAGUGUGCAUCACAAGCCUAAAAGCAUCCUUUGAGGAUGGCUAAAUGAGAAGCAUACUGUGAAAACAUGAAAACCUUAUAUGUUAAAUGAAUAUUAUGAGUCCUGUACAGCUACUAAGUUCUUAUUCUCUUCAGUCUUUCUUCUACCCCAAUCAAGCUGAAAUAUUUUGUUUUCUAGACUGGCAUACUGUAAGAGGAUCUCCUCCCUUAUACAGCAUGCAAACAUUUGCUCUAAAAGUUUCACAUCCAGGAUACAAUCUAUUUAAUAUAUAUGCUUCUUAAUGUCCAAAUGUUUAUGCCUCUUAAUAAUACAUAUACUUCUUAACUGUAUGACUGUGUCGUCUUUGUAACAAUACCCACAUAAGAUUCAUACACGAGAGGUCUUUCUCAACUUAGUUAAAAACUGUAAUAGUUGAAAAUUAUCAGGAGAGAAAAAAAGUUAUUGUUGUUCGCUUGGGAUGUGUAUUCAGACAGAGCCAAUAUAAAUUUAGAAAGAAAAAUGUUAGGCUAGAGAUGGUGGUGUAAUAAAAUAAAAA